CAUCAUAAAAAAAACAUAGAACCGGAUCAUAAGGCAUCGUUUCAUAUACUUGGAACCUUUAAAGUAGUCAUUAUCCACAAUAGAGUUGAGAUAUCAAGAAAUAGUUUAACGUUUUCAUAUUGUCAUAUUCAUGGUAGGAACAUAUCGUCAACAUAUCUAUCAUAGUCAUUUUCUCAUAUUUGACUUCAUCGUUGUCAUUAUAAGAUCAUAUUCAUCAGCUUAGUCAUAAGAGCUUCCUAUCUCUUAAAACUUGGUUUUCGAAAAAUAUGGGCAUUUUAAAGAAAAACAAUUAUGAACUUUUAGGAAAAGACUUAUACAUUGGAGUCAUAGACUUAUAGCUUUUUCAAGUAAAGAAGAUAUAUAAAAAAAGACAUUUGAGACAUUACGACUUGGGGAUCAUGCCUUUGAAAGAAAAGGGACGAGCCUUAACAUACCUGUUCCACGUCCUAUUAGCUACGCUUAUGUGUCCAAGCUUGUAAGUCUACAUUUAAGAUAAUUCACACUAAUGUUAGCCUUUUCAUCAUACACUUGUACCAUAAUUCAAAUUAUACUAUUUUAUAUUCUGCCGAAAAUCGGGCAGCAUCUCCCCUGUUUAUAUGCCUAGCCCAAAUUUUUAAUUCAGCAGCCAACAGCAACAACAACAAUACCAACAUCAAUUAUAAUGUUUUCAACUCCAAAAUAUCUCAUAAAACAGCCCAAACGCUGUUUUCCAACUUUCAUAACUAAUUAACUCAGUAUACAAUUAUUUAAUCGCGUAUUCUUCGUAAAUAAACCGGUAUUAGCACAAAUAGCAAGAGAUUCAUACCUUUCUCCCUUUAAUAUUGCUUAAUCUCCACUUUUCCACGCUAAAUUUAGGCCACCACACACUGUUAUACGAUUCUGCACCAAUAAUUAUACGCUACCCGGACUGAAAUCUGGAAUUUUAUACCUGGUUUGGGCAAAAUUUGGUUUGGGGAGUUGGGGAGAACUCUCCAGAUUUUUUGGAGAGUUUUGGGGUGUGUUUUUCGUGUGUUGAUCUGAAAAUGAGGGGGGUUUCCCCCUUUUUAUGAUGUUUAGAAGCUGCCAGAAACGACUGGAAAAAUGCUCUGCGCGUUCGCGCUGCCUUCUGGCGCGAUCGCGCAGGGUUAAAUAAAUUCCUUCUGCGCGUUCGCGCCCCCUUUAGGCGCGUUCGCGCAGGGUUAAAUUUUCUGACUGGAUGUUCGUUCAGUAAAACGGUCAUAACUCUUGAUCCCGAUAUCGUAUGAGGGCCCACGACCUAUGGUUAGAAAUAUCUUUCAAUUAUCUACAACUUUUAUUUCUGGGGGUUUUCCCAAAUUCCAAACUUAUAAUGCCCUUUUUGCCCUUUCAAGUCAGAUCAUCCGAAAACGUUUCCUUAAAUCGUCCUUUUGGAGGGCUUAUGCCCAUUUUUUGGCUUAUGGGUCCUUCUUAGGACUUGCUCAACUUUCCAUAUACUACUCGUAUGUAUCUUCAUAUGUCCUUUAUAAAACUUUGACAUGUGGGCCCCACUUAGCUUGCAGCAACGAUGGCUUUUCGUCAAUUAACAUAUUAACUAAUUUACACCAUAUGGUCUCCAAAUGUCAUAUAUAUGCCAUUAUUACCUUCUUAUAACACAACCUUCAUUCUGAAAUUGAUUUUCAGAUUUUUGUUCAGCGCGUUCGCGCUGUAUUGGCCCUUUGGCCCAUUGUAAGCCGUCUACAGUUUUUUGGUAACGCAAAAUUUUUCCGGGGUGUAACAGGGUUCGGUAAUUUGAAAUUCGGUAAUUGACAGUAGAUACCAAAUACCAAAUCGAAAAAGUUCGGUUCGGUUCGGUAAAUCAAACUUCGGUUCGGUAAAUUUCGAUACGGUAUUCGGGAUUUACCAUUUAAGGAAACAAAGUACACAAAAGUUGAGGUACAAUAUAAUUGAAACAGAUUUGUAUACUUCUAAACAACUCUUUACAUUCCAGCAUAUUUGAAAUUCAACGACGAAGCAUAUUCUACUACAGAAACGUGCUUUUAUAUUCAAAUUGAAGAAGCACAGUUUCGGGACAAGCAGAACAGAGGGGAAAACAAAGUGAAAAAGAAGGGCAGGGGACGGGAGGAAAAAGAUAAAGAUCUCCACAGCAACUGGAUAUGAAAAUCAUUCAAAUGGAGGACAACACAUUGUCACAACCAGAAGUACAGAGAUAUAGUAAACACAUUAGUGUGAAUAAUUCGGUAUUCGGGAAAUUAUCGAAUACCGAACGGUACUAAUGUCUCUUACCGAUCCCGAACCCGAAUACUAUAAUUUUGAAAUUUUAUUCUCGAAUACCGUACCGAAUACCGAAUUACCGAAUACCAAAUUACCGAAAUUCUCGGUUCGGUUCGGUAAUUCGAUUUUCGGUAAUUUAUGCCAGCCCUAUUUUUGGGGGUAAAUCACACUCACGCCAGCGAAGCUAUGUAUUUUGCCUAUAAUAGUAAUUUUAAAAGAAUAUAUAUACACACUGUAUCAUAUCUUCUUAGAGACCUCUUGAUCUGAUUAAGAUGGGUCUAUCAUCCCUUCUUCUUAUCAAUAUAUAUGCACACCUGGAUCAUCAUCAUAACCCUAAGCAACUCAAAGAUAAUAUCUCACAAUGGCAUCGUAUGAUAAUAUUGGAGAUGAAGCUAGAGAAGUACUGGCUGCUCAAGCACAUAUAUGGAACCAUACAUUCAACUACAUCAGCUCCAUGUCUCUCAAAUGUGCAAUUCAACUUGGAAUUCCAGAUAUCAUCCAUAGCCAUGGCCGACCAAUGAUGCUCUCCGAUUUGGUGAAUGCCCUCCCAAUCAACAAAGCCAAAGGGCAGGAAUGUAUUUACCGUCUCAUGAGUAUUCUAGUCCAUGGAGGCUUCUUUAUUCAAACCAAGAUUAACGAUGAAGAAGGUUAUUUACUUACUCCGACUUCACGUCUCCUCCUUAAAGACGAGCCUUUGAGUUUGGUCCCUUUUGUGCAAAUGCAAUUAGAUCCAAUUAUAAUGGAUUCAUCGCACUCACUCAGCGAAUGGUUCAAGAAUAGUGACUCGACUCCGUUCGAGACGGCUCAUGGCAAGCCGUUUUUCGAAUAUGCAGGGGUUGAAUCUAGGUUUAACCAUUUAUUUAAUGAAGCCAUGGCUAGUGAUGCCCGAUUGGUCAUGAGUGUGUUGAUUAAAAAUGGUAAGGGAGUUUUUGAAGGAUUGAACUCAUUAGUGGACGUUGGAGGCGGCACUGGAACCGUCGCUAAAGCUAUUGCUCACGCAUUUCCUGAAAUAGCCUGCAUUGUUUUCGAUCUGCCCCAUGUAAUUGAAGGAUGUGAAGGGAGCAAGAACCUGAGCUAUGUCGCCGGAGAUAUGUUUAAGUCCAUUCCUUCUGCCGAUGCAAUUUUACUAAAGUGGAUAUUACAUGACUGGAGCGACGAAGAUUGUAUCAAAAUAUUGAAGAAAUGUAAAGAAGCAAUUCCAAGUAAGGAGAAUGGAGGAAGGCUAAUCAUCAUUGACAUGGUAUUGAUGGAUCAUAACCUACAGAAAGGAGACCACAAGUCAUACGAGCUGACCCAACUUUCCAUCGACAUGCUCAUGAUGGCUGUCGCUUCCGGAAAAGAAAGAAGUCAAGAAGAUUGGGCAAAACUCUUCUCUGAUGCCGGCUUUAGCGACUAUAAGAUAAUUCCUAUAUUGGGGUUGCGAUCUAUUAUUGAGGUUUAUCCUUAAAUCUACUCAAGUUCAAAAUACAAUAGAAGACCGGGAAGAUAUAUAAGUUGUCCCAAGUCAUUUCUCUGGAUGCCUCCUUAUAAGUUGUCCCAAGUCUUAACUAUUAAUGGCAAAACAGCAAACGGCGCUGCAGAGCCAAAUUCUGAUAUGAUUAUGCACUGCCAUAAACUGGCCAACUAGUAAACAAAUUGAAGCUAGCUUCUGUGCUUCAAAUAAAGCUCUGGUAUGAUAUUUUAGGAUGUCCGACAAGUAAAUUGGCCGAGACUUUCCAAUUUGUCAAAAUCUCGUUUUUUACUGUUUUUCUUGUCUUCUGCUGUAGCCUGUAAUUCUCGCCCUUAACAGAUCUAGGGUCCAUUUAGUCUGAUAGUCUCUGAGACAACAAAGUAAUUAAAGAGAAAAUUGAAUUCA